GUGAUAUGUUUAAUUAAUAUGUCGGACCGUGGCAUCUAUAAUGUGAUCAACGUUUUAAUUUUCAAUGACGUCGCGCUGACCGGUGACUGAUGGCACUAUCAAACAAAGAAAAAUCUAAAACUCUUAGAAUGACGUGAUUUAAUAUAAUUACUUGUAAAUAUAUAAAACAUGGAUUUAAUAAAAUGGCAAUAAUUUUACUCUGUUGUAGAUACCGGCAUUCAAUGUAUUAAUUAAUUCUCAUGACAUCAUUUGCAGUGUGUUGUUCGAUGCCAACGUUCCAUAUUAGAUAACUGACGAGAAUGGCAGUUACUAUUGAUUCUGUGAUAUAUCUGUGUUUUGUGGCGAUUCUUUGGGGUGUAAGCAACCCAUUUAUAAAGAAAGGUGCGCAAGGUUUGGAGGAUAUUAGGGCCAAGUCAGUUUAUGGACAAUUUUUUAAGGAGCAGUUAUUUCUCAUUACUAAUCUGAAGUACAUCGUGCCGUUUCUCCUUAAUCAAUGCGGUUCGGUACUGUACUUCUUGACUCUGCAAAGUAGCGACCUAUCCCUGGCUGUGCCAGUUUCAAAUUCUCUUACCUUCGUAUUUACUGCGAUCACAGGCUGGUUCCUGGGCGAGGAAAAAGUGCAUAGAAAUACUUAUCUGGGAAUGAUACUUGUGCUGUGCGGAACCAUGUUAUGUUGCUGGGACAAACUGAAUAAAACUGUGGAAUUAUGAUUUGUACACUUAAGACGACGAUCAUUAAGCACGCAUCGUUACCUUUCCUUUUCCUGUUCAUCCAUGCUACCUGCCGAUUAAUCCACAUCCAUCCUGUGUAAUGUGAGUACCACAAUGAUUAACACAAUGAAUUGAAAUUCUUCUAACAAAGCAAAGUCACGAUAUCCACUUGAUUUUGC